AUGUUGACAGCAGCAAAAGCCCUCGUUCCAGCAUCUUGGGGCCGGGUGCCCCUCCGAUACGUGAUCGUCGGCGCGACAUUUCUCUCGCUGAUUCUACUUCUCGCGACGAACCACACGCGAUCCUACCUCCCAUCAUGGCCAUCACAAGCAUCAGCGCCAGCAUCCUCAGCCGGCGACAUAAUCCCUAACACGGUCCAUCUGGUAUACAUCCUCCCCGAGGACGCGACCGACUUUACCUUUCAGUUCAGCCACUUCCUCUGCAUCUUCGCCGCGAACCACCACCUGCGGCCACAGACCAUCUACCUGCACACCAACACCGACACCCACAGCGCCGCCUACCAGCGCGCCGCCAACGGCACGACGGGCAAAUGGAACCGCCUCAUCUUCACGCACUUCCCGCACCUGCAGCUCCGCCAGGUCGCCGUGCCCACCCACGCCAGCAACGGCAAGGCCCUCCAGAACAUGGAACACCGCUCCGACUUUGUCCGCGUGCGCGCCGUGCAUGACCUCGGCGGCGUAUACCUGGACUGGGACGCGCACGCGCUGCGGGAUCUGGCGCCGCUGCGGCGGGCCGGGUUCAAGGCCGUGGGCGGGCGCCAGCUGGGUGGGCAGGUGAAUAGCGGGACGUUUAUGUCGGCGGCCAAGGGGCGGUUGAUACGGUUGUGGAUGGAGCGGAUGGGGAAGGUGUAUACGGGCGGGUGGACGGACCAUAGUAAUGCCGAAUUGACGAGGAUUGCGGAGAGGUUGGUGGCGGACCCCGGGGGCAGGGAGGUGCUGAUUAUGGAGAGGGAGGCGUUCGCGCCGGGGAGUUGGCAGACGGAGGAUACGGAUAUGCUGUUUCAGGUGCAUGAGGAUGCGCCGUCGGCGUUGGAGGGGAAGAAGCAGGGGGAUGGGCUGGCGGAGUAUCGUGAGGGGUUUGAGGAGCGCUGGGAUCACCCGGAGAGGUUCCCCAAGUGGGCAAGGGACUGGUCCGCUACGUACCUGCUGCAUGCCUUCUCGCCGCAUCGUUGGGGGCAUAAGGUACCGGGGUUUGAGCAGAUCACGCCAAGGUAUGUGCUGGAGAGGAGGAGUAACUUUGCCAGGGCGGUGUAUCCCAUGGCCAAGUUGAUGUAUGACCAGGGGUUGAUCGAGAUAGACGAUCCAUGGUCGGGGACAUAA